AUGGCUUUUAAUUUUUUGGCUACUCAAGCAGGAAGCACAUCUUCAAGUAACAUAGGUUUAAAACCUAGUCUUAAUUGGAAUGUGACAAGUGCUCCCUCUUCACAGUCAUCGUUUGCUCUUGGAGGUUAUAGCACAAAUGCAGGCUUAACUGGCUUUCCUACAUCCGCAUCUCAUCAAGGCCCUUCUGUUGCUGUAGGUCAAUUUAAAAUCGAAAAUAUUACGAAAGCAACUAGGUUUUCUGAUCUUCCUUUGGAACAUCAAAAAUUCCUCGCCAACUUUGAUAAUCAUAUACAACAACAGAAAAGAACGAUGUCAUCAAUUAGUUCAAUGAGUUUACCAAAUAUUAAAUUAGCAAUACAAGAAGUAUUUAAUGAAUCACGUAUAUUAUUUCAGAAAUUGUCCCAUUUGACGAAUGAUCUACAACGUGAUCAAUAUCUUAUAAGCAAGUUAAUAUCUGAAUUGGAUAAUAACAUAGGACUUGUAGAUAAUGCUCGUCGAUUUUAUGAUGCAGCAUCUCAAGGACAAAGUAACGCGGUUAUGCAAAUCGGUGAUAAUGUAUUUUCAAAAUAUUAUUAUGACCUUAUUAUUUCAUUCGAAAACCGAUUACAACAAUAUGAAUCUAGUAUUGAAGAAUUAGAACGUCAUUUUCAAUGGAUAUAUAAAAAUCCUGGUAAUGGAAACAAUGGUGAAGACCUUUCAGCACUUACAGAAGCUAUGCGUAAUCAACACAGAAGCUUUAUGGCUGUGACGGGAAAAGUUGCAUUAUUGCAUGAAAAUGUGGAAAAGCUACGAAAUCAAUACCUCAAUUAUAGACGUACAAAAUUCAUGGAUAAUAUUAAUCCAUUUUUAAAAGAUUCCCAGCGAAAAGAUGUUAUUCCUAUAGUACCUCUUGACGAAUCUAUGACACCAAGAGAGCUAGCGCAGACUAUUCCAAAAACUUCUCAAUUUCAACAGCAGCAAACAAAUCCAUUUCAACCAUCAAGUUUAUUUUCAUCAUUUAGACGAUAA